AUGAAGCGAAAAUUAGACGUCAACAAUGUGCCCUCAAUCAAAAAUGAGACUAAAGAGGAUGUACCGAUAACUUCCUUUUCUGAGUUUGGCCUCGACGCCCGAAUUAUGCAAGCUGUAGCCAAACAAAAUUUUAAACAUCCUACUUCGAUUCAAGCCCACGCUAUACCGACGAUUCUUGACGGUAGGGACGUUUUAGCAAGAGCUAGAACUGGGUCGGGAAAGACAGCCGCAUAUUUACUACCUAUCAUUCAUGCCAUCCUCAAACGAAAGCAGACAUCUAGUUCGAAUUUUGUUUCUACUAUCAUACUAGUACCGACGAGGGAACUUGCUGACCAAGCUCAAAAAGUCACAGAGUCCCUAUGUGUAUUUUGUGCUAAGGAUGUACGGGCCGUAAAUUUAACUCUUAAGGUUUCUGAUGCCGUUCAACAAUCUCUUCUUGCUGAUCUGCCCGAUAUCGUCAUUACUACUCCAGCACGAGCUUCUAUUGCGUUGACUAAAUCCUAUUUCUCUGCGGAUAAUGUAAAUUGCCUGGUAAUCGAUGAAGCAGAUCUAGUACUUUCAUAUGGAUACGAAGAAGACUUGCAAAAUAUUUCCCGGCUUAUGCCAAAAGGAGUUCAGACUAUUCUAAUGAGUGCAACCCUCACCAGUGAGGUCGAAACAUUAAAAGGCCUAUUCUGUCGAGAACCAGCAAUUUUGAAGCUAGAUGAGAAAGAAGAUGACGGAAACACGCUUUCUCAAUACGUUGUAAAAUGUGCUGAAGAUGAUAAAUUUCUACUAAUUUAUGUAAUAUUUAAACUUAAGCUAAUUAAGGGAAAGUGUAUUGUCUUCGUGGGAGAAAUUGAUCGAUGCUAUCGCCUCAAAUUAUUUCUGGAACAAUUUGGAAUCAAAAGCUGUAUUCUCAGUUCAGAACUACCUGUUAACUCGAGAAUACAUGUAGUUGAAGAAUUUAACAAAGGAGUUUACGACAUUAUAAUUGCGUCAGACGAGCUUGAGGCUCUGGGAGAUGAGGACGACGUUACCGAUGCUCAAAAUAUUGAAGCUCAAUCAGAACCCGCUGAAGACCUAUCAGAUGGACUGAAAACUCAGGAUGAGCCUAUUCAUACACCAGCGUUUAAGAAGAGACGCAAGUUGAUACAGAAAGAUAAAGACUAUGGCGUCUCACGAGGUAUUGAUUUCAAAAAUGUUGCGUGUGUCCUAAACUUUGACCUCCCAACUUCAUCAAGGUCGUAUACUCACCGGAUUGGCCGUACUGCUAGAGCUGGCCAAACUGGAAUGGCGAUAUCGUUUGUGAUACCUUCGGAUCAAUAUCGCAAACAUCCACCGAUAAGUGUUAAAUCUACCGAAAAAGACGAAAAGGUCCUUACCAAAAUUACGAAACAACAGAAUAAAAAUGGCCUUGAAAUAAAACCAUAUAACUUCGAUAUGGAGCAACUUGAAUCCUUCAGGUACAGGCUAGGUGAUGCAUUGCGAGCAGUGACAACUAUUGCUAUUCGUGAGGCUAGAACGAGGGAAAUAAGGCAGGAGUUGAUUAAAAGUGAAAAAUUGAAACGUCAUUUUGAGGAGAACCCCGACGAUUUGCAUCAUCUCCGUCACGACGGUGAGCUUCGUCCAGCUCGGGUACAAGCUCACAUGAAAAAUGUCCCCGACUAUCUACUUCCUGAAGGUGGAAAGAAAGCUCUUUCCACUGGGACAACAGGUUAUAUCGGUCUCAGAGUGCCGUCUGAAAAUAGGAUACGAAAAGCUCGAAUGGCCAAUAGAUCUCGGGGCACAAGGAAGAAAUCUGGAACUCGAAAAUCUGAUCCCCUUAAGACCUUCAGAGCCAAAGUUAAAUCAUAA